GUUGUUAUUAUUUAAACCACAAUAAUAUACAUAAUAUAACAAUAACACGUCUCUGAGGUUCAGUAUCAUCGUGUAAUGGGAAGAAUAGAUCUUUAAAAAUUAGCUGAUUAAAUAGACAAAUCGUACCAUGUCGUACCUCCUUCCACUUCUAGUCUCCUGUCUGCUCUCCACAGCUCUGGCAAACUCGGGAUACAAUGAAACAGCAGAAAACCCGAUUGAAAUCGUCCUGAAGGGUCCGCAGAAUUUUUUUGAGGACGUCGGCAAGGGAAUUCAGAAAGAGGUAGCGGAUAUAAAACAACCUGUGGAAGAAGCUGCUGUUUACAUAGGAUCUAGUCAAUGUUCAAAUGUAAAGAAGAUAGUGGGGGUGGCGUACGAACAGGUGCAAGGGGAGAAAGAACCAGAUCUCGAUCAGCUUAGUCUCAAUUUCAUCACCAAUGACUUCAGCAUAACGUACAAAUUGAACCGUGCUGCGCAGCUGAUACCGCAGUCUCAGGGCUACAACCCUCAUCAGAAGCUGUACAUCUACAUACACGGCUUCACAGAUGACCCUAGCAAGAAUAGCUUUACCAACAUCAGUACGGCCCUGUUUAGUCAAGGAUUAUGCAACGUAUUGGCUCUGGAUGGAAGCUCGCUGAUUCACUGGCUCUACCUCAGGUCAACCACAUACGUACGCUUGAUGGGAGAGAAGCUUGGGGAGGUCCUGGCCUCUAUGACUCAAAGUGGCGUGGAUCCUACGCAGAUCCACGUGAUCGGACAUAGUUUGGGAUCGCACAUCGCUGGUUUCACCGGAAAGCAGUUCACCAAGCUGACAGGCAUGCGAGUUGGACGCAUCUCCGGGCUCGACCCAGCCGGACCAUGCUUCAGCCACGUGGAUGAUGAUUUGCGGUUAAAAGAGACCGAUGCUGACUACGUUGACGUGAUCCACACGGACGCAGGUGUUUUCGGCCUUAAGGACCCUGUUGGUCACGUAGACUACUACCCUAAUGCCGGCGCCCAGCAGCCCAACUGCUUCUUCCAAACUUGCAGCCACAGCCGAGCGUGGUUGUACUAUGCGGAGUCUGUGGUCGACCCGAAGGCCUUCCCGGCUUUGAAAUGCAACGACUGGGACUCAUUCAAGAUUGGCAAUUGCUCGCAGGAUGUUACUUACAUAAGCUUCAUGGGCCACGCUUCCAUGCCUGGCACUACGGGCCUUUACUUCCUGCAAACGGCGGACAACCCACCCUUCGGGCUAGGCGAGGCUGGCAUCCGUUACAAGAACAAGGACGGCAUAAUCAAGAACCUCGCCAACGGAAUGACUGGAAUGACUGAAAUAAGUGGACAGACUGAACUGACAGGACUGCCUGAACGGACUGGUAUGUAUAAAGGAAAUGAUAAUGGUGCUAAAUCUAUAAUUAGAGGAGGUAUUCAAUGGGGGAACAUUGGUCAGAAAUUUCGACACGUUAUUAAAAAAAUAGUAGAUACAGCUAACUACAUAUUUUCCGAGGAAGGAGGAGCUUGUGAGGAGACCCGUAAAGAAGAUGUUCUUGAUAAGUGGGAAAAAACAAACAAAAAGAUCAUUGAAAACGAAAGACGUGAAAAGAGUGAAGAUGAUCUGAUCAUACCCGACAAUUAUUCUGACAACGGAGAUGACGACGAAGAUAUAACUGUAAUAAAAAAUAUUCCCGAUUCUCCUGAUUUUAAUGAUGAUAUGAACACGGCACUUGACGACGAUGACGAUUUCUCGGUUCCACCACAGGACGACAAAGAUGUAGGUAUAAUUAAACAUAUUGAUGUUAAAUAUGAUCCUCAUGGACUACACAUAGGCGGACGUCCACAUAACAAAGAUGUUCCAAAUCCGUACACUAACUAUUAUGAUAGAUAUAAAAAUCAAUAUUAUGGACAACAACGAAAGUGUCCCUACUCUCGACAUCAGAGAGCUUUCGAAGUUUGCAAAAAUCCAGAUGCGAAAAGACUUAGAUUUAGAAACGCCACAAGUAAAAGACUUUUAAUGAAAAAAAUGAAGCAGAGCAAACUUAAAGCGCGAAAUUCCGCAGCGAACAAAUUGAAAUGAAGACAAAAAAAUAUG